AUGACAUCCUCAAUUGAUGAUGAAAUCUUGGGUGAAGAUGUUACAGAGCAGGAAGAGGGUGCUCAAAGCAGCCCGACUGAUGGUUCUAAACCGCCGCCGUACAAGUCUUUUCGAAAGAAGUAUCGCAAAAUGCGAAUAAAGUUCGACGAAGCCAUGCGCCGAAGUAAUUCAUUAUUCAUGGAGGAGCAGUUGGCAGGUGAAACUGCAAAGAAGUUGGCGCAAGAGAAUGAUCGACUGAUGGAUUUACUUCUCGAUAUAAAUAAUUCAGCACAAUUACCCGCCGAUAAGCGCAUAGAUUUGAGUAUUGGUGGACCUGCUCUGGCACAUGUCCCUGCUCUAGUCACAAAAGAAGAACUCGCAAAAGCCGCCGAUGAUGUAUCACCCGAAGGUCAAGCUAUCUAUAAAGAAGUCCAAGAAUUAUUGAAAGACAGAGAUGGCACGAAUACUACAGUCAAGCCAACGAAAUCUCUCGCGCAACUUAUCGCGACCGUCCCACAUGUCUCCUUGAUGAAUCCUCACGUCUCUAGUCAAUCCAUAAAUGAUUUCAAACCCCCUCCUGGCAAAAAGUAUCCCAUCGGCUAUUUGUCUGCCGAAGAUAUGGAUAAUUACCUUUACGAAGUUGACGCCUCAAUUGGCUUCGCCCCCGCCCUCGCAACUAUCGUCUACCCCCCUACGAUGCAAGAUGUUACCCUCAAGAACCCCCAUAGUGUUCUCAACUGGCUUCGUCGUCAUGAACCCAAGAUCUUCCUCCAAGACGGCGAAGGUCCCACCGAAAAGAUAAACACCAAACCUGGUGCCCUUCGUGGAGCAGGAAAACGAGCUGCUAUCCCCGCACCCAGUCGUCUUGAUUCCCUAGAAAUUGUCGAAGAAGAUGGUCUUGGCUACGAUACUACAUUAAGUGGACCGGCCGGUUCUAAAAUCAAACGCAAGCGAGAUCCUGAGGAUGAUGGCGGAUAUACACCCAAAUCUGGUAAUCCAAUCAAUAAAACCAAAAGACAAAGACCAUCGAAGAGAAAGUCUGACACUGGCGAGCCAACCGCUCCCUCAAGUUCCAGAAAGAGUAAAUCGAGAGCGAAGAAUUCAUCUCCCAUUGAUACGGGUCCAGCACCUCAUCCAUUCGGUCCAAUUGAUUAA